CGGAGCGAGUGGACGGAGGUUCCUUGCGCUCCUUCAGCCCAGUUGCCGCGGACCCAUUUUAUCCCGGGUGCUUUUCUAAACUUACGAGAGUUUUUUCUUUUUCUUGUUUUGUGAGUGAUAUACGAAGAGACAAAUCAUGGUGGUGAUGCAACUGAUUUUUCUGUUUUGAUGAUUGACAUUAGAACAAAACGAUAUGAAUUUAUUAAAGUUUUGCAUUUUGAAAUGAAAUCGCACCUUUGCUCUGUUUUAUCCGUCGCGCAGAAAUAAGCAUUCGUGACAACAGCAUAUAACUGAACGACUCAAAAGAAGUGAAAAAAUAGACGGAUAAUUUUCUUGAAAGUGAAAAGAAGAAGCAUUUAAGAACAAGAUUUAAAAGAAGCAGAACUUAGGUUGAACACGUGCAGGAAAUCAACACCGGCAGACAUGGUGCGACUGCGGCUCCUGUACGCAGCGGUGGCGGUUGCGGUGGCCGUCGUGGCGACGUCCGCGGGCCCUCCCGGCUCGUGCCCCCGCGUGUGCUUCUGCCCCCUCGACCCUCGGGGGCGUCGCCAGGUGAUCUGCACGACCGGAGGCUUGCAGGACCCUCUCCCCGUGCUGGAGAUGCCCUCGGACGCCGAAGUUCUCACGGUCUCCGCCCCCGCAGACCGCCCUAACACCCUCACACUCGGGCCCAUCUUCAAAGGCCACCGCCGCCUGGAGGAGCUAAGCGUGACGGCCUCCCUGGUGCCCGCCCUGGGCGCGCACUCCUUCUGGGGCCUCCACCGCCUCCACACCCUCAACGUGUCCCACAACGCCAUCACCGCCAUCAUCGACACCAACUUCCGCGGCGCCGACAACCUGCGCACGCUGGACCUCUCGAACAACCAGGUGGAGUCCGUGCCCUCCGCCGUGUUCCGCCACGUCAGGAAACUCCGCUUCCUCAGCAUGGCCAACAACCGGCUGCCGGAGGUCGUGCCAAGGAUGCUCUACGGCCUCGAGAAGUUGGAGAAACUCGACCUGAGCCACAACCCGCUGGGCGUCCUCCCGCCAGACCGCUUCGGUGACGUCCCCAAGCUGCGGGAGCUGCUCUGCUCGGGCUGCGGCGUGCAGGCCGUGUCCGGGGAGCUGCAGAGGGUGCUGCCGGAGCUGGAGCUGCUGGACCUCCGCCAUAACCGCCUGGCCACCUUCCCGCCGGUGCAGUUCGCCGCCCGCCUCAAGACGCUGCUGCUCAACGACAACCACAUCUCGGUCGUGGAGGCCCUGGCGGUGUCCGGGCCGCCGCUGCAGACGCUCGUGCUGGCCAACAACCGCAUCACGGCGCUGCAGCCGCGCGCCAUGGCCAACUCCACGCUCACCCACCUCGACCUCAGCCACAACAGGCUGACGCGGCUGCGGUCCGACGCCAUGAACGACGCCCUGCCCAAGCUGCGGUACCUGCGGCUGUCGGGCAACCCCCUUCGCGUGGAGCAGCUGUCGCAGAUGAUUCCCCGCACGCGGCAGCUGCGCACGCUCGAGCUGGCGGAGCUGGGCAUGACGCGCGUGCCGGGCGAGCUGCUGCGGCAGUCGCGGCACCUCAAGAGCCUCAACCUCUCCGGGAACUUCCUGUCCGACUUCUCGGCGUCGGCGCUGUUCGCCACGCCGCACCUCACGGUCCUCGACCUGUCCCGCAACAACUUCCGCGGCCUCGAGAAGGGCCUGGUCACGGCCUUCACCACCAUGGCGUCCCUGGAGAAGGUGUGGCUCAGCGGCAACCCGUGGCAGUGCCAGCGGUGCCACGUGGCGCCCAUGCUCGACUGGCUGACCGACAGCAGCGCCGCCCGACACCCGCACUCGGUGUCGGGCUGCCGCGAGGACCUGACGUCGGAGCGCUGCCUCAAGUGCGCGAGCCCGUCGGAGAUGUCCGGCCGCAUCCUGCAGACGCUGGCGAAGGAGGAGGUCCCCGAGUGCGUGGAGGAGAGCCCCGUGUGGCCGGCGUGGCUGGGCGGCGCGCAGCAGGACGACCCCCGCUCGCCGCGCGACCAGGGCCAGCGCGAGCCCACGGAGGAGGAGGUGGUCAGCCUGGGCGUGUUCUUCGGCGACCACAUGGCGCUGAUCGUGGGCGUGGGCUGCGGGAUGGUGCUGGCGCUGCUGCUGGUCAUCGUGGCCGCCCUCGUGCUGGCGCGCAGGCACUCGGCCCUCUACUACACCCACGAGACGCCCGAGGAGCACGAGUCCUCCCAGAAGCUGAUGGGGCGCAACAACAACGACAACAGCCCUCAGCCGCGCCCCCACGACACCCGCGCCCGCGACGGACGCCCGCGGACGCCCCGCUCGCAGGACGCGCGCCCCGCCCCCCGCAAGGCGUCGCCCUACACCAACGGCCCCAAGAUCGCCACCAUCGAGGAGGUGGACAGCAUCGCGGGCUCCACCGUCAACCUGCAGAGCACGCGCUUCGGCGGGCCCGACCUGAGGGCGCCGCGCAUCGUCCGCCUCGCCGCCUCGCCGCUGCCGUGAGCGCGGGCGGGAGGCGGGGGCGCGCCGACGAGGGGGGGGGGGCGAGGGAGGGUCGCCCGUGAUCUCGCGUCCAGGAGAGGCCUCGGAG